GCACGCGACAGAGUAACUCAGGAGCACAUAUCACGAACUUCCACAUUGCGCAGGACUUACCUGAGGUUCGUUGUUGCCGUGAUGAGAAUGUCAACACAAGGCAGUAGUGUUGUUAUGAGUUUACCCGCUUAGAUGAAGUCGAUCGCGAACUUUGGGUCCGCGUUGGCGUGGGAUCAAGCGAACAGGGCAAUUCCAAUGUGUCGCUCAUUCCCUAUCAGGAAAAGUCGAUUCUCAGGCCCCAGCAACCGCCCAGCUAAGCUCAGCCGACCUCAUCAACCUCAUCCUCUGACGUUCCUCCCUUUUAUCUUUUAUAUAGCGAGACUCCCGAACCACCUGCAAACGUACUUUUGAGUUACUACAUAGUAGCUGAUGCUGCUUGCUUUUACUCUUUUGGGUUAUUUUUGAAAUUUUCUAUGCAUGUUUUGCUCCUCCCUUGUGAUUUCAUUUGGUGUUUAAUUAUCACGCACAUUCAUCCCUUCUACUAGAAAUGUCCACAGCUUCUAGCACUUCCCAACCUACGCCCUCUCCUCUUCCGCUGCGUCUAGACUCUGCGCAGAAGUCUUCGGAAACACUUCCUCUUCGCCCAAAAAAGAAAUCGUCUUUCCGCUCUGCCAAGCUUCGCCUUCAGAUUGAGGAUUUAUCAAGCAUCGGCUCGCAAGUUUUCCUUUCAGCUGUUAAUGCCGCCACCGUGUUAGAGGAUGCAGUUCGUGGCGUUCAGGAACUUCUGUAUACCCCAGAUUCGGAAAUACCUGGUACCCGAUCGAUCACCUUGAUUCUUCGAUCGAUGCCUGGCGUCGCAUAUACGACUGGCAGUAGUCUGGAUAAUGAUCAUAAAGAAAUUCAUUUCUCCACAGAUUACAUUCAACAUAUUGCAAAGGAUAGAUGUCGCGAAGAGAUACUGGGAGUCAUUCGACACGAAGUGGUACAUUGCUGGCAGUGGAACGGCCACGGUUCGGCUCCUGGCGGAUUAGUAGAAGGCAUUGCGGACUGGGUGCGUCUUCGAUCUGGUUUCGUGCCUCCACAUUGGAGCAGAGGCAGCAGCGACCGGUGGGAUGCCGGGUACCAGCAUACUGGGUACUUUCUCGAUUAUCUCGAAGACGUAUAUGGUGAGGGCAGCGUUAUGGUAAUCAAUGGGUGGUUGUACGAUCAUCGCUAUGGUGAAGAGAUGUGGAAAACCCUCUUCAAAAAGCCAGUCGAGAAACUAUGGGACGACUAUUGUAAAAGCCUUGGCAAGAAACCGGUCAACUCCCAGUCUGUGUCGUCUUCCGACAGUCACGUUCUUCAGCGAAGCUGCGAUGAGAGCACUAGCAGUGACACUGACGAGAUUCCCACGCCCGAGCCAGGGUCCCCUUCCCAGUAGGUCUUUAUAUUGAUUCGUAGUCCAAUGCAUCGUUUAAGCGCGCGGUUAUUCGCUUUGUUAUAGAUUUAAGGUGUUUUGCAGCCGGAGAGCGCAAUUGCUCAAGGUUGCUUCAUUGACAAUACUGGCUGUUGCAUCCGUUCAACUUGUUUGGAUAUCUGAA